ACCUCAAUGAAUCCCAUGGCCAAAUGCUGCCUACUGCUCCUCCCCAUCAUCUUCUUGGCAUUUCUCUUGCCCGAGGCGCACGCGACUUCGUGCCACCCCGACGACCUUCAUGCACUGCAGGACUUUGCUGGGAACCUCAGCGGCGGGGGUGUCCUCCUCCGGGCCACGUGGUUCGGCGCCGCAUGCUGCAGCUGGGAAGGUGUGAGCUGUGAUGCCGCCAGUGGCCGUGUCACGGCACUGCACCUCCCCAGGCGCGGCCUUGUGGGGCCCAUCCCAGGAACCUCCCUUGCAGGCCUUGCGCGGCUCGAGGAGCUCGACCUUGGCUCCAACAACUUUCAAAACAUCUCAGGGGUACUCACCGUGUUGCGUGGGUGCCAGAACCUCGCCACGCUGAUUCUCACCAAGAAUUUCGGUGGUGAGGAGCUACUAGGCGAUGGUAUUAUUGGCGGGUUCAAGAGCCUCGAGGUGCUGGCCCUUGGUGAUUGUGCUCUCAAGGGCAGGGUUCCGGAAUGGUUGUCUCAAUGCAAGAAAAUGGAGGUGCUUGAUUUGUCUGGCAACCAAUUGGUGGGCACCAUCCCAUCGUGGAUUGGUGAGCUUCACCACCUUUGCUACCUGGAUCUCUCAAACAAUUCAUUGGUUGGCGAUGCACCUAAGAGUUUGGCACUGCUAAAGGGGCUCGCCCCUGAUGGGCGUUCACCGGGCAUGGUUUUCACUAACAUUCCAUCGUAUGUGAAGCAUAACAGAAGCACACUCGGACGGCGACUUAACGACCUCCCAAAUGUCAUCACAGGGACCAACAACUUUGUAACAUCUGGGAGCAACAAUGUUUUAUCGGGGAAUGACAACACAGUCAUAUUUGGGGAUGAAAACACCGUAUCUGGGAACAACCAUGCUAUAUAUGGGGAUGGGAACACGGUAUCUGGGAACAACCAUGUCGUAUCUGGGAGCAAGCAUGUUGUAUCCGGGAGUAGGCAUGGCGUAACUGGGAGAAGUAGUGUGGUAUCUGGGUUCAACAAUGGCGUAUCUGGGAUCAACCAUGUUGUAUCGGGGAGUAACAAUGUCGUAUCCGGGAGCAACAAUGUUGUAUCUGGGAUGAACCAUAUUGUGUCUGGAAACAACAAAGUAAUAACAUGAGGUUAAUGAUUUUAUAAGAGAGAGGAGGGAGGGGGAGAGAUUAUGCCUAGUAUCCGAGGCCGAUGAGAUGGUUCAAUAAAUAAGGUACAUAAGUUGCCACACAAGAUGUGCCCUAUGCCUCGUAUAAGUUGUAGUGAGUAUAUGUAUUGUAAUAGUAUGGUUUGGUUUGUAUGUUAAGUUUUAUUGUGUAUCGAGAAGACGCGAUCUUGAGUGGUUUGUUUGUUUUAAUUAUUUGAGCUCUGAUCUCU